GGGUGGGUGGAUAUUGCAUAUAAUUUAUUGGUCAGUGAUAUCUUUAUAACACUGACCUGAGAGCGAUGAAGAGGAAUCAAAGCCACGAUGAAGACUCUGUGUGUCGCUGCUCUUGUGCUGAGUCUCUCCUCAGUGUGCCAGCCUGCGCCGCUGGCCUGUGAGAAGCUGCUGCAGCCAGUGGACAAGGCUCCAGAUUUGACAAUUGGGAAUUGGCGAGUCAGAGCCAUGUCCUCUAAGAUAUGUUUGUGGUCAUUACUCAUGAGGUAUGUUAUAUGGCCAAGUGUUGAAGUGGACAUUACCUCUACAGAGACACCGAACAAAUGUAUUGACAACUACAAGGUGAAAGCAAUGUACGGAGUAUGCUCUAACCGUUCUGGAUAUGGACUCGUGUAUGAGAACAGCACAUCCACUGGCAAAUUGUUUCCAACAAAUAGCCCAUAUGAUGAACCAUUGGUGCUGCUGCAGAGUGGCUGUCCUGACUGUGUCGUUUGGAAGCAGGAUCACCCAUAUGCCGCCUACCUAUUGCUCUUCAGCAGGAGAAAGACCGUCAGUGCUGAGGAGAUGAAGGAGUUUGAGACACAGGCAGAGUGUCUCGGCUGGUCCAAGCCUCAGCUUUUUAACUCAGAUUAUGACUAUACAAACUGCAAGUCGAAGGAUGAGAUAAGCCCUGAUGACAUAUUUUCCGUGUUCAUUGCAAGACUGUCAAAUGUGAAUCUAGAUGUGUUUAAAUGUGUCAGAGAGUUGGUCCUCAAAUACCUCCCUGAUGUUUCCUUUUGUUUGUUUUACCUUCAUUUGAUGGCUUACAUAUCAGGCUCCUUACCUGUAAAUGAAUGUCCCCCUUGAUCACCAAAUUGGAUUGAAUCACUUUGAAUAAAGACCCCCAAUGUCUCAGCAAAAGCUAUGAGAUGUGAGACUAGACAUAAAGCAAUGUUUGAAUGUUUUUUCAAGGUGUAUCUUUGAAGAAGACCAAAAGUGUACGGCCAUGCUAGUGUUAGUUUGAGCUAAUAAAAACAUGUGAAUAUCUGCAUGCUCACA